GACACCCAACGUCAGUUUGGUGGAUAGAAGCGGUCCUAAUGAUGGAAACGAGUGAAAACUGGUGAAGACUAAUUUUCAAUAUGGCGGACGAAACGUGACUUGGUUAGAUAUUUAUGGUUUCAUUCAAAUUAUUGUUUUUCGAUACGUAAACAUACAGUGUUGCGAUGUUUAAAGGUGUGUAUGGACAUUGGUUUACAAAAUAUAGUUGGAUGAUCUCGAAUUAUCAGGUGCUGAAGCGAAGUCUAUUUCGCCCAAGUCAAAUACAAUCGAUUCGGAAUAGUCGAUUACUUCAAGAGCAGGAUUCGCAUGAUGUCAGUGAUGAUAUCACAACAGUUGAAAAGUUUAAUUCAAAAAGACAAUAUGAAAAUAGGGAUUCUUUAUGUGUUGCUCAGGUGAUAUCAUUCCCCCAUUCUACAGCUAUUGGGCAUGUACAAUUGAAUGACUUUGUUUUUGGUACAAAUCCAAGACUUGACAUACUUCAUCGAGUUGUGGUAUGGCAGAGAGCAAAUGCAAGGGCUGGGACGGCAUGCGUUAAAGAUCGUAGCGAAGUUCGAGGAGGUGGAAGAAAGCCUUGGCCUCAAAAAGGGUUAGGAAAAGCAAGACAAGGGAGCAUAAGAGCUCCACAGUGGAGGGGAGGUGGUGUUGUUCAUGGACCAAAACCUAAGAGUUUUUCUUACACUUUACCGAAGAAAGUGCGAAGAAUGGGUCUAAGAGUUGCGUUAACAUGCAGAUUUAGACAGGGUGAUUUGUUUGUGGUGGACUCACUUAGUUGCAAUUCGUUAUCAAAUAACGAAAUUGCAAAUAUUUUUGAUAAAAACAAUUGGAAUUCUGUUCUGGUAGUUGACAGUGAACCAAAUGAAAAUCUUCGGCAUGCCGUUGAAUCUUUUGGGAAAGCAGAAAUGCACAACACAAUUAGUCUGAAUGUUUACAGCAUUCUUAAUCAUGAUAAAAUUGUUCUGUCACUAAAUGCUAUUGAACAAUUGGAAGAGCGACUAUGUAAAGAUAAUCGACCUAUUUGGAGAUGACAUCGUUACAAAUAUUUUGUCUGUCAACUGUUGUUAAAAAACAUUGCCCCGAAUGAGAAUUUCCACGGAAAGAACUUACUUCUGUAAGAGGAGCCGGUAAAUGGCUGUAAUCCAGCAAUUUGAGAGUGUCUCUGCUUUUAUGAUGACAUGAAAGAAUC